CGCUGCCAUUCGCGACCUCAGCUGUCAAUCACUGGGUCCCAGCCAGUGAUUUCUCACCGGCACCCGGGGAUCACCGAGUUUCUUCGACGGGGGAGAGACCUGUGUAUAGACAACACAGAUCUCUUCCCUGUCCGCUCCUGCAUAGCAGAGCCAUACAAAGCAUGUGCUUACAGUGAAGCACACACACAGCCCAGUAUGUAAAACAGCACACAGUUAACCCUUUGAUGGCCUCAGGUGUUAACCCCUUACUGCCCAGUGCCAUUAGUAUAGUGUCAGUGCUUUUUAUUAGCACUGAUCACUGAAUUGGUGUCACUGGGGAUGUCAGUGACACCAAGUCAGUUCCGCCCCAGUGUCAGAAUGCCCGCCGCAGUCUUGCCAUUACU